AUGGCUCAAGUAGUAAAGAUGAUAGAGGAUAAUAGUAUGAUGAAUACAAGAAACGGCCUUCAGCCGAAGCUUGUAUUCAUUGAGGGGCUUAAUCCUGAUUUUCACCUUAAAGAUAUGUUUCGGGCUUCUGUGGAGGUUCUUGGAAGGGAAACAUUUGGGACUUCAUACAAGGCAACACUGGAAAAUGGCAGUACAAAUAUAGAAUUUGUACAAAUUGAAGGAAGUUAUAGUUACAAAUAUAGAAUUUCAGCAGCAAAUGGAGGUCAUUGGGAGAAUGAGGAACGAAAGUGUUGCUACAUUAAUGUCAUACUGCUACUCGCGUGCACAAAAGCUUAUGGUGUAUGA